CCUAUAAUUCAGGACAUCCAAAACGGAGAUACAAUCAGUAUGGAAGUGCAGGGCACCUCUUUGGUUCAAUUAAAUGUAAAUGGUUUGGAACAACUGAACACCUCAUAUGACUACAACAUUAGCGAUGUAAGUGAGAACCCAGAGACCUAUCAAUACUACGUCAUUGGCCUCUUCCUCUCCUGCCUCUACACCAUACUCCUGUUUCCAAUUGGAUUCAUCGGGAAUAUACUUAUUCUGGUGGUGAAUCUCAACCACAGGGAGAAGAUGACCAUCCCUGACCUUUAUUUUGUCAACCUGGCUGUGGCGGACCUCAUUUUGGUAGCCGAUUCUCUCAUCGAGGUGUUCAAUCUGAACGAGAAAUACUAUGACUAUGCUGUCCUCUGCACCUUCAUGUCCCUGUUCCUGCAGGUCAACAUGUACAGCAGCAUCUUCUUUCUGACGUGGAUGAGCUUCGACCGCUACGUAGCCCUGGCCAGUUCAAUGAGCAGCAGCCCUCUGAGGACCAUGCAGCAUGCCAAGCUCAGCUGCACCCUAAUCUGGAUGGCCUCCAUCAUAGCCACCCUACUCCCCUUCACCAUCGUGCAGACCCAGCACAGGGGAGAGGUGCACUUCUGCUUUGCUAACGUCUUUGAGAUCCAGUGGCUGGAGGUGACAAUUGGCUUCCUGGUGCCCUUCUCCAUCAUUGGCCUGUGCUACUCUCUGAUCGUACGUAAACUCAUGCGAGCCCAGAAACACCGGGGCCUGUGGCCACGGAGGCAGAAGGCCCUGCGGAUGAUUGUCGUCGUGGUUCUGGUGUUCUUCAUCUGCUGGCUGCCGGAAAACGUCUUUAUUAGCAUCCAGUUGCUCCAGGGGACGGCGGACCCUGCCCAGCGCAGUGCCACCACCCUGUGGCAUGAUUAUCCUCUCACAGGCCACAUUGUAAACCUGGCAGCUUUUUCCAACAGCUGCCUGAACCCCAUCAUCUACAGCUUCCUGGGUGAAACCUUUAGGGACAAGCUGCGGCUAUUUGUCAAGCAAAAGGCCAGCUGGUCCGUGAUCUACCGCUUCUGUCACCACACUCUGGAUUUACACAUCCCUGUUAGAAGUGAGGUGUCAGAGGUGUGA